AAACCGUCGGACUUAGCACACAGUCGACGCUGCGCCACGUUCCGCGAGUCAACGAUUCUACUAUUCUAGUAUUCUACGAUUCAACUACUCGGGAGACUCCUCGACUCCCAGCUCCCACAUACCUACAUAUACACGCCCAUAGAGUCCCUAUAAAGCGGACCGCGCGAUCCCCAGCGAAAGUCAGACGCGUGCCACCAACCGCGAGUGCAACAUCCCCCAACCACCCAAGAUCCUACAGGAUAAAUAUCAUAUCACCAACUAGCCCCAAUCCAAGAUGAGCCACCACUGGGGAUACACCGAAGAGAACGGACCUGCCCACUGGGCCAAGGACUACCCACAAGCGUCGGGACACCGCCAGUCGCCAGUGGACAUCACACCCUCCAGCGCCAAGAAGGGCAGCGACCUGAAGGUAGCUCCGCUCAAGUGGAAGUAUGUGCCGGAGCACACCAAGAGCCUGGUCAAUCCUGGCUACUGCUGGCGCGUGGACGUGAACGGCGCCGAGUCCGAGCUGACUGGAGGUCCGCUGGGCGAUCAGAUCUUCAAGCUGGAGCAGUUCCACUGCCACUGGGGCUGCACAGACUCCAAGGGAUCCGAGCACACCGUCGAUGGAGUGUCCUAUGCCGGCGAGCUGCAUCUGGUCCACUGGAACACCACCAAGUACAAGUCCUUUGGCGAAGCGGCUGCCGCUCCUGACGGCCUGGCAGUGCUGGGCGUGUUCCUCCAGGCUGGCAAUCACCAUGCCGAGCUGGACAAGGUGAGCAGCCUGCUGCAGUUCGUCCUGCACAAGGGCGACCGCGUCACGCUGCCCCAGGGCUGUGAUCCCGGCCAGCUGCUGCCCGAUGUGCACACCUACUGGACGUACGAGGGCUCCUUGACCACUCCACCGUGCUCGGAGUCGGUCAUCUGGAUCGUGUUCAAGACGCCCAUCGAGGUGUCGGACGACCAGCUGAACGCCAUGCGCAACCUCAACGCCUACGACGUGAAGGAGGAGUGCCCCUGCAACGAGUUCAACGGCAAGGUGAUCAACAACUUCCGCCCUCCGCUGCCGCUGGGCAAGCGUGAGCUGCGCGAGAUCGGGGGCCACUAAUUUCGAAAUAUGAAAAUUCGGAAAUUCGGCCACCACUCCUUGGAUAGUCAACGGAUUCGAGUCGUAUGAUUAGCUGUUCGCACCCACACAUCACAUCCGUACGCCUCGAGCUGGACCGGCACAUCCCACUGUUCAAUUCUCGUCUUUAGUUCGUACGCCCAGCAAAGCAUGCCUCCUAUAUGUGCAUCCGUAUCCGUAUUCGCAUCAGUGGAUGUCUAGCUGUAACCUUAAUUGUAAAUGUACGCCUGUUCGUUUGUUUGUUUGUUAAACGUUUGCAAAAUGACAAUUAGAUUAAUGUUAUUAUGGUAUUAUAAACUAAAUAUAACACGCUUAGAUGUUGCAUAUGAUAA